CGGUGAGGUGAGAGUAAAUUCACUACAAAAUAAAAACUGAGUGUCCUCCCAAAUUAAAAAAAAAUUUGUUAUAUUAUAAUUGCAAUUGUUUCUCUGAUUUGAUAUUGAAUUUUCGAUUUUCUCUUUGCAACCCCCACCAAAUCUGUUUUCCCACGCUCUUCGAUCCCUUUCUGUUAAACAUCUGUCUUUCAAAAAAGAAGAAAAACAUAAAUCGGUUUCUGGGUUUGGUUUAUGUUUGAAUGGUUUUGAUUGCAUAUUCAUACAGAAAUUCAAGCUUAUGAAACUGUAUUUUUUCGCUUUGUUUUUAGUUGAAAGUAAGGUAUUUUCAGAACGAGAUAUUUUUUCAUAACUUCUUCUGAAUUUAUCUUCUUUUUUUUCAUAGAUUUAGUCGAGGGUAAUUUUUUGUUCCCUCCUUUUGGAUCUACACAAAGGUUGCCUAUUUCAAACCUUUUUGAUCCACUUUUUUUUCUUGAAUUUUCUCGGAAAACCCUGUUCUUUACUUUUGAUAAGAAUCAGGUGAAUUUUUCGGAUUCAAAUUUCUUUUUCUUUCUUAUUUUGUGAUGGAAGCUGCUAUGAAUUUGUACAGUAGCAGAACAGUUCAACAAUCAAAUUCCUUUGGUGGUGGUGAACUCAUGGAAGCGCUUGUACCUUAUAUCAAAAGCGUUUCCGAAUCUUCUUCUUCUUCUUCGGCGUCUGCGUUUCUUCAUCCCGCAGCGUCUGCGUUUUCUCUUCCUCCUCCUCCUCUCUCUACCUUCCCCGGAUAUUACCCGGAUGUUGACUGUUCGACGUUCACGACCCAGCCGUUUUCAUACGGGUCGGAUCUCCAGCAAACCGGGUCAUUAAUCGGGCUAAAUAACCUAUCUUCUUCCCAAAUUCACCAGAUCCAGUCUCAGAUCCAGAAGAACCAUGCUCUUCCUCUUCCUCCCACGCACCACCAUUCUCAGAUCAACUCUUUCUCGAAUCUUCUCAGCCCAAAGCCGUUACUGAUGAAGCAAUCUGGAGUCGCCGGAUCUUGCUUCGCAUACGGAUCAGGUGUUUCUCCGCCGAAGCCGACGAAGUUAUACAGAGGUGUCAGGCAGCGUCACUGGGGAAAAUGGGUGGCUGAGAUCCGUUUGCCGAGGAACCGAACUCGUCUCUGGCUCGGGACCUUUGACACGGCGGAGGAAGCAGCGUUGGCCUACGAUAAGGCGGCGUAUAAGCUGCGCGGCGAUUUCGCCCGGCUUAACUUCCCUAACCUACGUCACAACGGAUCCCACAUCGGAGGCGAAUUCGGCGAGUACAAACCUCUUCACUCCACAGUCGACGCUAAGCUCGAAGCUAUUUGUCAGAGCAUGGCGGAGACUCAGAAACAGGACAAAUCGACGAAGCCAUCGAAGAAACGUGCCUCGACGGUGACGCAGAAGAAAACAGAGACGGUUUCGCCGGCAGAUCAACCGGAGAAAGUCAAGACGGAGGAGAAUUCGAAUUCGAUCGCUGGAUCUCCACCGUUCGUUGAGUCCGCCGGGUCAUCGCCGUUGUCGGAUCUGACCUUCGCUGACACGGAGGAGCCGCCGCAGUGGAACGAGACCUUCUCGUUGGAGAAGUAUCCGUCGUAUGAGAUCGAUUGGGAUUCGAUUCUGUCUUCUUCUUGAUCCGAUUAAGGGUAAAAUAGGGAAUUUAGAAGCCGCCUGCAAUGGAGUUUUUGGAAAUUGCAGCGAGUGGCUACUAGAGUAUUUAAUUAUAUUAUGAUUAGUGGGUAAAUUUCGUAUGUUAAUAUUCUGUUUGUAUAAUCAAUCUCUGUGUCGGUCCAGCUUGCGGUUUUUUGUCAUGCUCGACCAUGCCACAGAUUUUCAGUUUAUGUAAUUUCUUUUCUUCUUAUGUAUUAUUAUCAUCUUAAUGAAGUCGUCCCUUUGUUGUUGUU